GCUGCACUGCAGUACAGAGACGGUGGGCAGCGGGCUCGGAUAGGAAGAAACGCGUACAGCCAGGAGCGGACGGCGGAGGGCGGACAGCGGACUGGACCUCGUCCGGAGGAAGCCGAAGCUGCGCGGGGGCGCGGUGGCCGGUGCCCGGUGGUCGGUGGAAGUUGUCACCCUCGAGCCAAGCUGAAGCUGCGCGGCAUUGGAGCUCAACCUUGGCACCCCGUGUGUUCAAACUCUAGAUCCACUCACUCUCCUUAAUUCCACCGCCGUUGAGUAGCAUCAUCCAUCUCGCCCCAGGCCCUGCCCUGCUCAGAUUAUCAUGUACGAGUAGAUCCUUGCUGGAUAAGCUGGAUCUUAUAUGUGCAAGUUGGAUUCAUCUCUCUUUCUUUUUCUUUUUCUUUUUUGGUGGAAAGGCUCAAUUCGUCCGUCGGUAGAGAGAUCGCAUGGACGAUGCAAGUUUGGAGCCAACGGCUGAGCUGCCGCUCGAUUUAUUACGAGAAAUUACAGAUGGUUUCUCCGAGGAGCGAAAGCUUGGUAGUGGUACGUAUGGAGAGGUUUACUUGGGAGUGCAUCAAGAUGGGCAAAAGAUUGCUGUGAAGAGGAUCUAUGAUAUGCCAGGAGUUGACGACAAGCAAUUUCAGAAUGAGUUGAAAAACCUUACAAGGCUCCGGCACCGGAAUAUUGUGCGGUUAGUUGGCUAUUGCCACCAUAUUCAGGAAGUGCCAGCAAUAUAUGAAGGAAAAUUGGUUCUUGCUGAAAAGAUACAUAGGGCGCUCUGCUUGGAGUAUAUGUCUAAUGGAAGCCUUGAAAAUUAUAUUUCUGAUGAAUGUGAUAAAUAUGAUUGGCACACAGGCUAUGGAAUGAUUAAGGGGAUUUGCCACGGUUUGAAAUACCUCCACACUGAGUUAAAGCCACCUAUUUAUCAUUUGGAUUUAAAGCCAGCCAACAUAUUGCUGGAUGAGAACAUGGUUCCCAGAAUUGCGGAUUUUGGGAUAUCAAGGCUCAUUGGCGAUGAACGAACGCGAGCUACAAAAAGUACUUUAGGAACACAAGGGUACUUACCGCCGGAAUACAUACUCUACAAUUAUAUCUCAAGUAAGUUUGACAUAUUCAGCCUGGGUGUUGUAAUCAUAAAGAUAAUGUCAGGACGUUCGGGCUACUACAAAAUCGCUGACAUGUCUCCCCAGGAAUUCACUAAUCUUGUGCAUGAAAAUUGGACAAACAGGCUACAUGAAGCAUCGAAUCUGAUGAAGGCACAUUCCGAACAAGUGAAGAUAUGCAUUCAAAUAGGUUUAAGGUGUGUGAACAGUGAUCGACAUAAAAGGCCAUCUAUACAGGAUAUUGUCAAUAGAUUGAACGAGACAGAAACUGAGUGUACGUAUGCGGCAAGAAAGGACCGGUCAUUGAUUUACGAGGUGAUAUCUCCUUCGACAACAACGCUAGCCACUGAUCGACUGACUAGACUUGGCGUGCGCAUGGAGGACACGACGGCGAUGCCGGCGACGGAGCUGGACGGGCUGCUGGCCAUGGCCGGUGUGCGCAUGGAGGACACGACGGCGAUGCCGGCGAUGGAGCUGGACGGGCUGCUGGCCAUGGCCGGUGUGCGCAUGGAGGACACGACGGCGAUGCCGGCGACGGAGCUGGACGGGCUGCUGGCCAUGGCCAGGGAGCCAGAGGCGCGGGUCGACGGCGAUCAGGGCACGCCGGGCGCCAACAGGGAGCUCUACGCCGAGCUGGCCGGGCCCGUCGACUAUGCCGUGCGCCUCGCCGGCAGCAGCCCACGUGGAGGCAAAGCUGGCCGCAGGGCGCGCGUGAACGACCGGCUAAAGAGGGGCAGGAAGGUAGCGGCGGUGAGGAAGCAGGUCCGGGUGGCGCCGAUUCCGGACCUGGGCCCGCCCGACGACGGGUACAGCUGGCGGAAGUACGGCCAGAAGGACAUCCUCGGCGCCGCGUACCCGCGGGCCUACUUCCGGUGCACGCACCGGGACACGCAGGGCUGCCAGGCCACCAAACAGGUGCAGCGCGCCGAUGCCGGCCCGCUGCUCUUCGAGAUAGUGUACCAUGGCUUGCACACCUGCGCUCGGGCCACCAUGCUCCUGGCCGGCACGGAUCAGCAGCGGCCUGCUUCCUUCGGCCAGGAACAGCAGAACUCGCCGGCUGCGGCGCCGGAAGGGAUUUAGUGGCCGGCAGAGCCCAUCACUCCGCCCUGGUUCCCCUCCUUGCCGGCGAGCUCCUGGUGCCAGCUUACCGGUGGCUACGGCUAUGCUGCCGGCGGCGGCCUCGGGGCUGACAUGGAGUUCGACGAGCUGUACGUGAACCUGUCCGAGUUUUUCUCAACAGAGGUUCAGAACCUGUAGGUGCAGCGGCCACUAUCGUACUGUAUUCGCACUAAUAUUUAGAUUCAGACUCGUGAUCAUUUAUCACAAUGAAGCUACUCCCUCUGUUUCAAAAUGUAAGACCCUAUUUGGCACUACACUAGUAUCAAAAAUCAUCCUACAUUAUGGGACGGAGGGAGUAUAUCCAUAUAUAGUACCAUCACUGGUACUGCUUA